AUGCUGGUGAUGGAAUCAACUGCUUUGCUAUUAAUUGGUGUCAUAGCUUGUUUUUCCAUAAAUGUAUCUUUUGAUUUGCCUAGUGCCAAUGAAAACAUUGAUAAUGUUGUAUCACUCAAUAUUGAAAAUGCAAAUAUUGGUCAAAUUAUUCUACCAACAAUGCAUGGUGCUAUUCUCGAGACAAAUAUAAAUAGAGAUGAUGAUGGUGGUAUAUACGCAGAACUUAUCUACAAUCGUGCUUUUCAAGGGUCGAUAUCACUUGAUGGAUGGUCGUUAUUUUGGCAAGGAUCUAUUGCUGCUAGCACCAUUGUACCUUUAUCUAGUGCUUUACCUGUACAAUUGAGAUAUGCACUAAUUACUAAUUCCACGCUAACAUCCGAUUUCAGAAAUAGUGGUUUUUAUGGCAUGAAUAUUCAAGCUCGAAAUUACACAGCAAGGUUCUUCUAUCGACCAUUGUCUGGAGCAUAUGUAGCAUCUGGUAAACUAAAUAUUGGAUUUAGCAAUUCAAGUGGUCAAAUUAUUUAUGGCUCUAAAGGUGACUUUGAAUUUAAUCUUAUCUCGUGUUUCUCACCGACUUACAAAAAUCGACCUAAUGGUGCCCGUAUCGAUAUUGCACAAGCUUUUGCUGAUUUAAAACCUGGUUAUGUUCGACUUCCAGGUGGUCGAAGAGGAACAUGGACAGGUUAUGAUACUAAAGGUUUUGGACUCAUUGAAUUAUUAACCUUUGUUGUAGAUAUCGGUGCAACACCUGUUCUAGCAGUUUAUGUUGAAUAUUCAUUAGAUAGAAAAGCGGUGCCACCAGAUCAACUUCAACCUUAUAUUGAUGAAGUUAUCAAAGAAUUAGAUUUUUUGACUGCCUCCGCCAGUAACAAUAGGAUGGGUGCCUUACGCGUACGUUUAGAUCGUAGUCAACCAUUCGAUAUCAAAUAUGUUGGAAUCGGUAAUGAAGAUUGGAUUGAUCCUGCUUCAAGCUCAUAUAACCAUCGUUGGUCAGCUUUUUAUAAUGCUCUUUCUCAAAAAUAA